AUGUCCUACCAUCCAGACUCGUUCGUCACCAGUCCCACCUCGGCCGCCGACGACCCCGCCUGGCAGCUACACUCCAGCACCGACUCCUACCUCAACUGGGACGCCAAUCCAAAGUCGCCGCUCAACCAGCCCCACGAUGCCACCCUGAGCCCAACCACAGCCACAGCUCCCCCCAUGUCGAGGUUACGCUCCUCCAGCUCCACCGCCACUCCGUCGGUAGCAUCCUCGCGCACUCUCAACGACCCAGGCUCGGCUGAUACCGCAUCGGUGCUCUCCCACCAUGGACAUUCCAACAACAGCCCAGAGCGGCCACAAUCGCCUUCCUACUUUGCCAAACUCUACUUCCAGCCUCCCCACCACAGCUCAUCCGGAACCAGCCCCACCAUCACCUUCACAGGCGCACCCGCCGAGCCCUCCCUCGUGGCUGCCUCGCAAUUACCGGCACUCUCCUUCGAAGCCACCCAGUCCACAGCGCACCUCUCGGAUCCGGCUCGCCAACAAGCACCCGCACGUCGCUCAUCCGUCGGCGCCGCGUCCAACAGCCCCACGUCCGGCACGCCUCUGUCGCCCACCAUGUCGAGCAAAUCCACCGCCAGCGGAGGUGGCUUCUUUGCUUCGCUGCGCCCCUCGUCCCCUGGCAACCUCGCCGCUGCAACCUCUAGGAUCCCAGAAGGAGAGACAUACGUCAAGCCCCGUCGUCCCAGCAGCGUCUUUGAGCACGUCGGCAACGUCUGGGAGCGCUUCGGCCGCAAGGUACACCACACCCGCUCCAGCACCUCCGAGCAGCAGUCCAGCUCAUCCUCGCACGCCCGACGCACCGCCAGCCAGACCUCGCCCCCCAUCGGCCUCACUCCCGAAGCAGCAGACCCCUUCGACAAUGCACAUCAUUCCCCCUCCGGCUCAAUAGCCUCCCAGGCUUCGCCGUCGCACUCCACCGCCACAGAGUCAGAGUGUCGCACGCCUGCCACGCCCAGCGCCGAAACGCCUGCGUCGCUAAGCACGCCACAGCCCUUGCCUUCCGCCCCUGCCUACUCGCAACUCUCAUCCGCCGACACCGCCGCCGAUCCGCGCCUCCAGGACGAGGUCGAGGAGCUCCCCUACCUGGCGCCCGAGCCCGCGCCGACGUUUGCACAGCCCUCCAACGCCGCCCACAGCUCUCCCAGGAUGGCCGGCGCACCCAGGUCCCAAGCCUCGUACAGACGCGAAUCGAGUCUCUUCGAGCGCGUCCUCAUCCAGGUCACCGACGACAACGAGCGAUUCGCCGUCGUCGACAUCUCGGGCGUCGAUUCCGCCGAUGCCAUCAAGGAACGCAUGUUUGCCAAGCUCCAUCUCUUCGAUGCCGACCACUCCAGCUUCCAGCUCUUCCGCACCGAGAUCGGCCAGUCGGAAGCUACCGGUCCCGUCGUCAACGACGACGCGCUGCUUGUUCUGUGUCUUCAGAUGGGCGACGACCGCGGCACGCUCAAGUUUCUGGUGCAGCAGACCGCGCCGCCCAACGCCACCGUGCGCGCCAUGCCUCCGCCCACUUCGGCCGCCGGCCAGCAGCGAGCGCUCAACGAAGUUCGCAGGGUAUCCGGCGCCGGCUCGGCCACCAGCAACCAUCUGCGCACCGAUAGUCAGUCGUCGAGAAGCUCCAUCAGCGAUGCGCUCAUCUGUCCCGAGAUGGUUGGCGCCGAUGGCGCCCACGAAGGCUCCAACCGCAACUCGGGCAGCAGCCUCACACGCUCCAAGGCACAGGCUCGGCGCGCCCUUCCGAGUGCCCCUCCCAUGGACGAUCUGCGCUCGCCUACGGGCUACCACGACCGAAGAUCCAUCGCCUCGUCCGGCGAAGGACAUGCGCAGGAGGCGUCUAGCAAGCACGCCAGCUCGGUCAGCGAAGGAAGCGGCACACCCGUGAUGCUCUCGCAGCGAUCCAGCUCCAUGAACGCCACCCAGCCUGCACCGACAGCCUCGUCGAACAACGCACGCAGACCGAGCCACGUCGAAGACGAAAGGCCACGCUUCGACGCAGACGCGAGCGCCAACAGGUCUCUCCAGGCGCCUGCCAACGGGUUGGGUCAUCGUCAGGACCGAUCCGACGAGGGCGUCCGCGACCAAUCUCGGCAGCAAGCGCCAGGCCUCACGCUGCACAAUGCCAAGAGCAUGGAUGAUCUGCACAGACCCGCGCAUGGCUCCACGCACGCGCCAGCAAUGAUCCCGCAAGCCGAGGUACGUGCGCAAGCCGGUCUGGACCGCGACGGGCGGUAUCCUGCUCCGUCAAUAAUGCGGCCCUCGACAGCCGCUCCUGCUGGACCAGGCGCGCGAGAUGGAGGGCACGGACAUCGUCAGUACAGCUCCGACGCGCUGGGCACCUCCAAGGGUCCUGUCGAUCCGGCGUCUCUCGACCCUCGCAUGUUACAGCGCAAUCGCAGUGCACAGGCGGCGAUCCCAAGCAGCCAGCAGCUCGCCAACCACGGUCCGACGAGGAUGGCCAGUACUCCGCAGAUCAGGUCGCCUCCGACGCAGCCCAACUACCCUGCGCGUGGGCCCGUCGACCCGCGCUACGCUCGCCCCGCAGGCAUGGACGAUCCGCGCUUCGCCGGAAUGCCCACUCAUCCAGCACAGUCGCUGCAGCCACGCCCGACCAGUCCCGCAGCCAGGCCGCCGCAGUUCAACGCGCCCUCGACGUACGGCGGGCCCAACUCGUACUCGGUCCAGUCGUUUGGGCAGGCCCAGCGACCCUUGGCUCCGGGCUAUGUCAACGAGUUUGGUGUACGCGCUCCCAACGCCACGCCCAAUUUCAACACCUUUCACGGCCACGAUCCGCGACUGGGCGCCAAUGGCAUGCAGGGCUCUCUCACGCCGCGCCCAUACUCGUACCACGAAGCGUCGUCGACGCAUCACCCAGCGUAUCGGCCGUACAGCCCGCAGCUUGCGCCUUCGCCGUAUCGCACACGCGAGGAUCCGUUCACGACGCGCUACUUUCCGGCUUCGAGUUCGAGGCAGGUGUCCGAGUUCCAGAUGCAGGCGGGCCGCUUGGAGCCGGGCAUGACGGUGCAGCAGACGCUGCGCACGCACGAGGUGUUGCGCAACCAGGCGGUGUCUGGUCCCCAGGGCCAGGCGUACCUCGGCCAUGCGCAUCCGCCUGGCCCUUCGUACGGGCCGCGGGACCCGCGUCAGCCCGGUCAGCCCAACCAGUACAUGGGCAUGCAGCCGUAUCCCAACGUGUCGGCACCGCCGUCGAUGCCGUCGAUGCCGCAGCGGAGCAGCCAUCCGUCGUCAGCUCAUGCGAAUCCGCACCAUGCGCCGUCGUCGCGCCCGCAGCAGUUUGCGCCGCAGGGCCCGUCGCAGCACGCUCCGCCACAGCACUCGCAUCCGCCUGCGCGCAACGCGCACGACAUGGCCAACUCGAACGCGUCCGCGUACGUCAGUGCGCAGCCGCGGCCGCAUUCGUCCGCGUCGUCCGGCGGUCGUGGUGUCACGCCGCAGCCGUCGCCAGCAUCGCACGCGUCGGCGCCAGCGGCCGAAUCGCACCGCCGCGAUCCUCCCGUGCGCGUCAAUCCGUCCGAGCGAUCGUCCGGCUCGUCGUUCUCGAGCCAGACGAGUUCGGGGCCCGGACGCCCUUCGCAGGAGGACCGCAACAGUCGCCACUCGACCGACGACUCGUUCAGCGCACCCACGUCGGCGCGCAGCUCACAGAGCGGACCGGCGUCGGCCAAGCCGACCAACGGCGAGAAUCGGUCGUCGUAUGCGGAGCAGGAGCGCGAGCUGGCGGAUGACGAACUCGCGCGCGUCCGGCCGCUGCCCAAGCUGCCCGCUUCGUCGGCAGGUACACCCACAGACACGUCCAGCGCAAAGAGCGGCGGUGCCGAGGCGGUGCGCAAGUCGGAAGACGAAGACACGCUUCGCGCGGGCGAGUGGGCGCAGCUUUGGCGUGCGCUCGAACCUGCCUCGGACGGCACCGUGAUCGGUACCGCCGUCAGCGGGAGCAGCGGCGGCGAUGGGGAUACGGUGCGCGCCGAGCCGAGCACGCCCGGACCGUCGCGGCCGCACACCAAGGACGGUCUGGGCUCUGCGUCGCCUUCUCUGGACCCGCCGCGCGCGCCAAGUCCGAGCAUGGCGCCCGAGGAGAACGGCACGGUGGCGUCGUUUGGCGUAUUUGAUGACGACGAGAGCGAGUCUGGCACGUGGGCGCAGCCACUCGAUUCGGAUGUCAACGCGCCGCGCCUGCCUCUGCGGCUGGACGGCGAUGAGGACGCGGCGGCCGACGACCACGGUACGCUGCUGCCCGGCCAGGGCGCGCUGCUGCAAUCGCCUGCGCGCGUCGGCGGAUCGAGUCCCAAGCGGCCGGAGCUGCGUCUGACCAUCGAUCCAGCGGCUGGACCCACACUGUUGGCGCCAGCUUCGCAGCCGGCGGGGCUGUCGCCCGUGCCGAGCUCGUCGCAUCUGUCGUCGUCGCUGAGCAGCGGCGGGAUCACGCGCAGCAACUCGUUUGCGCGCCGAGACGACGACUGGGCGUUCCGACCGCCGCCGGAGCAGCUGUACGAGAACCUGGACGACUUUUUCCCCAAGCACGAUCUGGACAAGCCGCUGCUGGACACGACGGCAGUGCCCGAGAGUCCGAUGGUGAGCAGCCCGGGCAGUGAGGCGGCGGCGGCGGCGGGCAGCAUGGCAUCGAGCCCGCCGACGGCGCCGCAGCAGGCCAUGAGCCAUCGCAGCCGGCUCAAGCGCUCGAUCCGUCUGGUGGCGCAGGACCGCAAGCGGUUCUUGGACCGCGCGGGCAAGCGCGCGACGGAGAAGGACGCCGAGGCGAGCAGCGGACUGGUGCGUCGGCGCAGCACCAAGCUGUGGGGCACGCGUGUGGUGGAGAUGACGCCCGGGCAGGAGCUGGCGACGCCGGCGUCGGCGACGUCGGCCGAGUCGCCGCUGUCCGACACGUCGCCGCCCAAGCCGGUGUUCAAGUGGGUCAAGGGCGAUCUGAUCGGCAAGGGCACGUACGGGCGUGUGUAUCUGGCGCUCAACGCGACGACAGGCGAGAUGAUCGCGGUCAAGCAGGUCGAGCUGCCGCGCACGGCGAGCGACCGCGAGGACUCGCGCCAAAAGGGCGUCGUCGCCGCACUCAAGUCCGAGAUCGAGACGCUCAAGGAUCUGGACCACCCGCACAUCGUGUCGUACCUCGGCUUCGAGGAGACGACGACGUUCCUGAGUAUCUUUCUCGAGUACGUGCCCGGUGGGUCGGUGGGCAGCUGUCUGCGCAAGCACGGCAAGUUCGAAGAGCCGACGAUCAAGUCGUUCCUGCACCAGAUCCUCGACGGCCUGGCGUACCUGCACAGCAAGGGCAUCCUGCACCGCGACCUCAAGGCGGACAACAUCCUGGUCGACUUUGAGGGCAUCUGCAAGAUCUCGGACUUUGGAACGGUGCGCAGGUCCGACGACAUCUACGGCAACGUCGAAAACAUGUCGCUGCAGGGCUCGAUCUUUUGGAUGGCGCCCGAAGUCGUCUCGCUGUCCAAGAAGGGCUACUCGGCCAAGAUCGACAUCUGGUCACUGGGGUGUGUGGUGCUCGAGAUGUUUGCCGGCCGACGGCCGUGGUCAGACGACGAGGCGGUCCAGGCCAUGUUCAAGAUCGGCGCGGAGCGCAAGGCGCCUCCGAUCCCAGCGGACGUCAAGUUGAGCAAGCAGGCGGCGCACUUUUUGAAAAACUGCUUCGAGGUGGAUCCGGCCAAGAGACCGACCGCGCAAAGGCUGCUCGAUCACGUCUUUUCCGUGCCGGACGAGAGCUGGCAUUUCCAACAGAGCGCCCUGUGGCGAUCGCUCCAGCGCUGA